AUGAGCUUACCUUUAGUGGCUAGGAGCUCCCCGAGGCAGAAACGUAGCCUGCGCCGCGAGGCCCGCCUGCGCCGCGAGUACCUGUACGGCAAGGGCCGCGAGGAAGCGCGGCGAACGGCCCACGAGAAGAAGGAGAGGCUCCGGCGCGCGCUCGAAGAGAACCGCCUGAUACCCACCGAGUUACGCCGGCAGGCUCUAGCCUUACAGGGAUCCUUGGAGUCUGACGACGCUGGUGGUGAAGGUGUAACCAGCCAUGUGGAUGAUGAAUAUCGAUGGGCAGGGGUUGAGGAUCCCAAGAUCAUGAUCACCACCUCCCGAGACCCCAGUUCCCGCCUCAAGAUGUUUGCAAAGGAGCUAAAGCUGGUGUUUCCAGGAGCACAGCGCAUGAACCGAGGCCGGCAUGAGGUGGGUGCGCUGGUGCGAGCCUGCAAAGCCAAUGGAGUCACUGACCUACUGGUUGUUCACGAGCACCGGGGCACACCUGCUGCUCCCACCCCUCACCCCAGGCACCACAUCUACAAGAAGAUGGAUCCCCACAAUGUGGAGCUGACCGAGGUUGGACCUCGCUUCGAGCCGAAGCUGUACAUGAUUCGCCUGGCACCCUGGAACAGGAGGCCACGGCCGAUGUAG